GGGAAGUGAGGUGUCCUCUCCCAGCUCAGAAACUUUCUCAGCAGCGGGGGAGGGUAGUGGAGGAACUCUGUCCCUCACUGCAUUUGUCCUCAGAGGGGCCGUAGGGUCAGUGGCCCUGUCUCCUGCCCCCCUUCUUCCCCCGGGGCAACCUUUAACCCUCCACCAACCAUGUGCGACGCUGCCUGCCCCCACGCAUUCUCCUCAGAGUUGUCUGAGGCAGAGAGGACCGCGGCUGAUUAUGGAGAGCGGAGAUCCACCGGCCACAUGGCAUGGGCUGCCGCUGCUGCUGCUACUACUGCUGCCUCCCAGCCAUGAAGGAUGGGCCGUGAGACAUACUCUCCCCAGACAGAGGACUCAGGACCGGCCUGCUCUGCACCUCAGCAAUGGCCCUGGACAAGAACCUGUAACCAUCAUGACCUUUAACCUCACCAAGAUCAUAAAAACCUCCUCCUCCUUUGAGUUUCGGACCUGGGAUCCAGAGGGAGUGAUUUUUUAUGGUGAUACCAACCCAGAGGAUGACUGGUUUGUGCUGGGAUUUCGGGAUGGCAGGCCUGAGAUCCAGCUUCAUAAUCACUGGGCCCAACUUACAGUGGGUGCUGGACCCCGGCUGGAUGAUGGGAGGUGGCACCAGAUGGAAGUGAAGAUCCUUGGGGAUUCUGUGAUGCUGGGGGUGGAUGGGGAGGAGGUGCUGCACCUGAGACAGGUCUCUGGGCCACUGGCAAGCAAACCCCAGCCCAUCAUGAGGAUUGCUCUGGGGGGGCUGCUCUUCCCUGCCUCCAAACUCUGGUUGCCGCUGGUCCCUACCCUGGAUGGCUGCCUGCACCGGGAUGACUGGCUGGACCAGCAGGCCCAGACCUCAGCAUCUGUCCCCACUAGUCUCAGAAGCUGUGCUGUAGAGUCUCAACCUGGGAUAUUCUUCCCGCCAGGGACUGGUGCAGAAUUCAGUCUCCAAGACAUUCCCCGGCCUCAUGAAGAGCCCUGGGCUUUCUCCUUGGACCUGAGACUCCAGCUAGCAGCAGGCUCAGGCCACCUCCUUGCCCUUGGGAGCCCAGAAAACCCUUCUUGGCUCAGCCUCCAACUCCAAGAUCAAGAGAGGCCUCUUCUGCAUCCUUUUGCUUGGAUGGCCUUUGGGCACAAGGCCAGAGGCUGGACGUGGACCGGGCCCUGAGCAGAAGCCAGGACAUCUGGACUCACAGCUGCCCCCAGAGCCCAGGCAAUGGCACUGACACUACCCAUUAAAUCCCCACCUAAGAACCUCCUUUGAAUGUCACUCAUUCAUUUAUUUAACAAAUAUUUACUGUGCAUCUGCAAUGUACCAGGCACUGUGCUGAGCAUCGGGUUGCAAUGAUGAGCAAAACUAACCCUGCUUCGGGACUUCCCUAGUGCCAGUGGUUAAGACUCCGAGCUCCCAAGGCAGCGGGCCUGGAUUCGAUCCCUGGUCGGGGAACUGAGAUCCUGCAUGCCGCACACUGCGGCCAAACAAAAUAAAACAAAACAAAAAAUUAA